AUGGGCAUCAAGGAUCUUAAGGCAUGGGCGCUAAAGAUGUUGGACUCGUCCGGCAAGAUCCCGGAUGGGGUGCUUGAAGGGACGCUGGUGGCCAUGGGAUCGUACAACGAGUGCGUCAACAUCGUGGCCCGGGACGAGGGCCAGGAACGCGAGUACUUCCGUGGGCAGUACUGCGCCCUGGACGUCAAACCGUUCCUGCCGCCCAAGCCCAAAAAGUACAACCCACAGCACAUGUUUAAGAAUAUAUCCGAAGUCCUGCCCAUCCUCAAGACGCUCGAGCUGGACACUUCGCUGGCCUACAUGUACUUCCUCAAGUUUCGCAUCGGCAUCUGCGUACCCUCUACCUGCAGUCUCGCAGACGUCCGGAGUCUCGCCAGCUACUUCGGGAAGCAGAUGAAGACCAACGUGACGGUUCCCUGGUGCGAAGUGAAGCAGAAAGUCGUACUUCCCGAUUACUACGUCGCCAUCCUUGGACUGCUUCUCAUGUUCGUUUGCUACGGAAAGCUUCAGCAAGACAAAGGCAGAUUUGACUUUUUGAUGUACUACAUACAUCGCUACAUCAGGCUGACGCCGCCAUUCCUGAUGGUGUCUCUCACGCUGAUUCUUGGCCCACCCUGGAUGAACGGUCCGAUCUGGCAUGAGACCGUAGACCGCUUCGCAGAAGGGUGUAAGCGCUACUGGUGGACCAACAUCAUUUACAUUAGUUCCUGGAUGAAGACCCAAGAAGUUUGCCUUCCGCAUGGCUGGUACUUGUCCUGUGACAUGCAAUACUUCAUCAUUGCGCCAAUCUUCUUUAUCGCGCUUUACAAGCGGCCAGCCCUUGGCCUGGGUCUCAUAGGUGCCUUCGCCGUCGCCAGCAUGGUCAUAACAGGCCUGGUCACGUAUACCUACGACUACGGCCCAGUCGCCCUCUUUUCUAUACCGGACGAUGAAAACCUGAACGCAUUCCUGAACGACAUCGCAUUCCGUCCGUAUACGCAUUUUCCGUCUUUCGCCGUCGGCCUGUUCCUUGGAUACCUCAUCUACAAGUACAGACAGAUCAAGAUCAGCAGGCGGAUACAGCUGGUGGGCUGGCUGUCAUCGGUGACCACGGGACUGACCAUCGUGUACGGCGUUUACGAAUGGAACGCCUAUUCACCGCCGGGACCCUUGCUCAGCGUGUUAUACGGUGCCACCAGCCGCCCCGCGUGGACACUCUGCGUCGCCUGGGUCACCUUCGCCUGCGUCUCUGGCCACGGAGGAUUCGUGGACACGCUGCUGUCGUGGAAGGCGUUCGUGCCCCUGAGCAAGAUGACCUUCAUGGUUUACCUGCUGCACCCGCCGCUGAUGUUCAUGUACGCGGCGCACACCAUGAACGCCAUCUACGUCACCCAAUUCAUGGUGGUCUACGUCUACUUUGCGCACCUGCUGGCCUGCUACAUGGCAGCCUUUGUGGGCUGCGUCACCUGCGAGACGCCGUUCAUCAACGUCGAGAAGAUCCUGUUCAAGGCUCUGAACGACUUCCGCAAGAGUCGCAAAGCGGAGGCCAGCCCUACGCGCACGGCGCGGUCGCAGCCCGCCAGGACCACCGGCGGCGGUGUCGCAGCGAUCGACGGCAGGGCGCACGCCGUGCGCGAGUCUGCAGCAGCGGCGACGGUCAGCCGCUUUGUCGCCGCCGGCUCCGAAUGCGUGCGCGGCGACAGCUGCAGACUGUAGUCUAGGGUGCGCUCGGAAGACGUGGGAAGGGGUCUUUUUCGUCGUUACCGCCUGGACAGCUGUGCGGUAUUCACGCUGCCCGCGCGCCCACCGGCCACUAUACAUCAGGGAUACGGGUAGGGCUUACAGCCCAACGUACAGGACCUUGUGUGCACGCUCCUGCCGGAAGCACUCGUGCAAGGACCAUCAUGGCCACAUUUUCGCAAGGAAGAAAUAACCGCCUGGCGAACGCAAGUGCUUUCUGAGCUUAAUCACAGCGCACGCUGUACUACCAUAUUUCAUCACA